AUGGCUUUGACAUUAGUAAUGAAUAGUAAUGAAAUGAUAUCCGAACGUGCCCGCCUUACUUUGAGUGAUGCCUUCUCCACAUACCCACCCCUUCUCGCCAAACGUGCACAGGGGAGCGUGUCUGCGGGAUAUUAUACUCCAAACAUAAGGCGCAUCCCAGGUGCAGAGACACUCCCCGUCACGAUACAGGCUCGCAGUUCGGACCUCCGGCCUCUCCCUCGCAAGUCUGUGAAGUUGUCGUGGGUUUAUUGUAGUUCUGUAACGUCCCUCCCUGCAGUUCGAAUAGCCCCACGCAUCGAACGACAUCACCAAUAUUUCGACCUUGAACGCGUCUUGCUUCCACCACAUCUCUUUGAUCGCUAUGCAGUGAACGUAAUAGUUUGCCGUUGACUGUUCUGCACAUGCGAAAGCCUUCGUAGCCGAAACAUACGACCGCGUUGAUGUCUUCCGAGCCUGUUCUGUGCAGUGUCCUGUUUAGCAGCAAAACACAAUUCUUCCUCUACAGCAGCACCAAGGCAGUAAGGUCCGUCCCUACGUGCCGAGACGCACCGUGUAACGAGACAGGUUCGCACUCCGGGCCUUCGGAGCCUCUUGUUCACUCAUUGACAGACCUUACGUUGAUAUGCAGCAUUGUUGAGUUAACUCUUCACCAGUCUAUUUGUCUCCGAGAACGAGUGCUGCCGUGCUGGCCGUGCUGUUGGUCGCUUCGUCAACGCCGUCAAUAGACCCUUCGUCAGUGCCCCCCUGUCCAUUCAUGGCCGAGGGAUUGUCUGUGAGGAUCGGAGGGGUCAGAAGAAAGCGAAGGCGAGGAAGAUGGUAUCCCUGGGCAUCAGAAGCUCUUUUGACUGAAAAAUUGUACAGUC